AAAAAAUUAUUUAGAAACGAUGAAUUAUAUUGUAAUAUUGUUAAUAAUUUCAUCAUCUAUUAUGAUGCUAGAAACAGUUAAAGGAGAACCAGAAGCACGUAUUGGACGUAGAUUUCGAUUGCCUAAUUUUUUGAACUUAAAUAAUCAACGAUGCACGGGGUGUCCAUCACAUUAUUGCAAUGACGAUCCAGCUAUAAUUCAUGGAUACUGCUGUGGGUGUGCUCGGCUGUUCGAGAGCUUACCAAUAUCAUGCCCAGGACAUUUAAGUUGUCCAUUGGAUACUAGAGGAUUAUGUCGUGAUUAUGAAUAUAUGAUGAAUUGUUGCUGUUGAUAACAAUAAAAUAAAUCCACAAAAAAUUUGAAAAAUUUAAUUUGUAAACCUCUAAUAUUUUGAUAAGAUAAU